AUCUAACGAUUCUGAGGGUCUUGAUUUCUUGUUGUUGGUAGGAACUAUCAUAGAAGCUCAGUCGUCCGUCACUCAACCUUAGCUCACAAUUCUGACAAUUGACAUGACCGCUGUAGCUGCAGGGAAUAGCCUUACCGAGCAAGUCGUGAGACCAACUAAAGAGGUCAGUAUGUCAACGGCUGCGACAUCAGCAACAAUCCUAACGAUUCACGAGGUCGUGCAGGCGGAACCAAGCACGGGAUGUUGUCUCGAGGAAGCAUCAUUCGACUUUGGUCCAUCUUCCCGGUUUAAUAACAUAGUUAAGGCUUUGCUAUCUGACGAUGACCCGAACAAAGUCCUUCUUCGGAUGGAAAUCACCUCCUUCUUCUCGUUCGUGAAUGAUAUGAUUGACAAGCUUAUCAGCAAAGGACUUUCUCCCGGUCUUUUCAAAUCAUAUAUGGUUUACUAAGUGGCCUUCCUAAGAAAUCAAGGACAUUCAGAUCUGGCAGAUGCUAUUACUGUAGACUUAGACUGUCUCGAGCGUGAGUUUCAAAGGUUGAAGGAAUUCCAGGCUGUCGGUGCUCCUUCAUAUGUGGUCACUCAGAUGGAGACUAGGCUGCAGGCGUGG